UGCUCCUCCCCAGGGCUGGCGCAGGAGGUGCAGGCUGAGAACGUGACGGUGGCAGAGGGCGGCGUGGCCGAGAUCAACUGCCGCCUGCACCAGUACGACGGCUCCAUCGUGGUCAUCCAGAACCCCUCGCGCCAGACCCUCUUCUUCAACGGCACUCGCGCACUGAAGGAUGAGCGGUUCCAGCUGGUGGAGUUCACGCAGCGCCAGGUGCGGAUCCAGCUCUCGGACGUGCGGCUGGAGGACGAGGGCGGCUACUUCUGCCAACUCUACACCGAGGACACCCACCACCAGAUCGCCACCCUCACUGUGCUUGUGCCCCCCGACAACCCCAUCGUGGAAGUGAAGGAGCAGGCGGUGGAGGGUGGCGAGGUGGAGCUGACCUGCAUCGUGCCUCGGUCCCGCCCGCCUGCCUCUCUGCGCUGGUCCCGUGACCGGCGGGAGCUGAAAGGAGUGAGCAGCCAGGAGCAGCUGGGGAAGGUGUUUGCGGUGCGCAAUGCGGUGCGGUUCCACGUAGAGCGCAAGGACCACGGCGCCAUCGUCACCUGUGAGGCCACCAAUACAGCGCUGCGCGGCCAGCGCAAGCAGACCCAGUACCAGCUUGACGUGCAGUACUCCCCUGUGGCACGGAUCCACCCCUCGCAGAGCAUCCACCGGGAGGGAGACACCUUGGUCUUGACUUGCGCUGUCAAUGGCAACCCACGCCCCACGAAGAUCCAGUGGAGCCGGGCCAACGACUCGCUGCCGGAGCGGGCUCGUGUCGAGGGUGAGGUGCUCACCAUCCCAGCGCUCAGCCUGCUGGACAACGGCACCUACGCCUGCCAGGCCGCCAACAAGCACGGGCGUGCCUCUGACCAGUACGUCCUCGUUGUCUACGACCCAGGAGCCAUCGUGGAGGCGCAGACCUCCGUGCCCUACGCCAUCGUGGGUGGGAUCCUGGCCCUGCUAGUCUUCCUCGUCAUCUGCGUUCUCAUCGUCAUGGUGUGGUGCUCCAUCCGGCAGAAGGGCUCCUACCUGACGCAUGAGGCGAGUGGGCUGCCAUCGUGGGUGGGAUCCUGGCCCUGCUAG